AUGCCUUCCCUAUUAGCCAUGACAGCUGGAGCGAUCCUUGCCGUUACUACCGCAGUUAACGGCGCUACUCUUCCUAUGGAAAUCGUCGCUAAUGCUCGAAACGCCACUGAUCUACCAUCCAAGCUUCAGGUAAAUAUCUCAAGUGUAUUCAUCGUCCUCGGAAACACUUCUAAUGGCUUUCAGGCUCGCGAUACUUUUUGCAAGAUCUCAUAUGAGGGUGGUCAUUCCUAUGGUGGUGGUGGACCUGGUCAAGCUGUCAUUAAUAUCUAUGGUUUCGGGAUCAACACCUACGAUUCAUCCGGAAACUUUGUCUACGCCAGUCCCAAGCUCAAGGGCUACGGUUCUACAACGGUCUCGAAGAGUGACUGGAAAGGGAACUAUGAUUUCACCGUCUCCACUUCAUAUGAUUUUCAAGGAGAUACUUUCACCUCAUGCAAAUAUCAGUAUGGGGCCUCUUUGUAUGAUGGAACCAUCUCUGGCCACACUGAUCACAAUUACGUUUCGGUCACGCACUCUUAUUGCGAAAUUUAUCUUUCUUGUUAA